AUUGAUUGGUUCUACUGUCCCACGUCAAGGAUAAAUAAUUGCAUACACAAAAGUCAAGUCGAGUCGCUUCUUUGUUUCAACUUUCAACCCCAUCAUCAUUCAUUCUCCUAACAUUAACAAUGUUUCUUCUAUUAUAUAACACAACACAAGAUUUCAAAAAAAAUAUAUAUAAUGCUCCUAUAAGCUAAGAAAAUUAAGAUGAUACUCCAAACACAAACACAAACACAACAACAACAUCUUCUGCUACUGUCUUUUUUCCUAUUCUCCACUCUCAUCUCCACCAUUGCAGCAGCAACAACCUUAAUCUCACCAGGCACAACAACCCUUUAUGCUUCAAACACAAACCAAUCAUGGUCCUCUCCCAACAACACUUUCUCUCUCCAUUUCCUACCUCUCCACCCUCAAACCACCCCUCCUUCCUUCUUCGCCGCCAUCGUCUUCUCCGGCGGAUCACCCGUCAUUUGGACCGCCGGAAACGGUGCCACCGUCGACUCCAACGGCUCCUUCCAAUUCCUCUCCACCGGAAAUAUUCUCCUCGUUAAUGGGUCGGGCUCAACUUUGUGGGAAUCCGGAACUUCCAAAAUGGGUGUCUCCUCUGCCAUGCUUCAUGAAAAUGGAAACUUGGUUCUCUCCAAUGGCAAAAAAUCUGUUUGGUCGAGCUUUGACAACCCAACUGAUACAAUUGUUCCCUCUCAGAAUUUCACUGUUAGUAUGGUUUUGCGUUCUGGUUUGUACUCAUUUUCUGUUCUUAAUUCUGGUAACCUCACUCUCAAAUUUAAUGACACUGUGCCUUAUUGGGAUCAAGGUUUGAACUUUUCCAUGAGUUUGAUGAAUUUGAGUUCACCUGUUUUGGAUUUGCAAUCAAAGGGAAUUUUGCAGAUUUUGUAUCCUAAUUUGACUUCCCCUGUGGUGGUUGCUUACACCAAUGAUUAUGGUGAAGGGGAUGAUGAUGUUUUGAGGAUUUUGAAGCUUGAUGGUGAUGGGAAUUUGAGAAUUUAUAACUCUAGAAAAGGUAGUGGGGAUGUGAGUGUUGGAUGGGUUGCUGUUGAGGAUCAAUGUGAAGUUUUUGGUUAUUGUGGGAAUAAUGGUAUUUGUAGUUAUAAUAAUAAUGAUUCAAUUUCUAAGCCCAUUUGUGGAUGUGCAUCUCAUAAUUUUGAGAUGGUUGAUUCUAAUGAUAGUAGGAAAGGGUGUGUGAGGAAAGUGAGGCUUGAAGAUUGUGUAGGAGAGGUGGCUAUGUUGCAAGUGAACCAUGCUAGAUUCUUGACAUAUCCUCCACAGUUUGUGAUCAACCCUGAGAUAUUUUUUGUUGGUUUAUCAGCUUGUAGUGGAAAUUGUCUUCAAUCUGGUUCUUGUUUUGCUUCUACUUCUUUGUCGGAUGGAACUGGAUUAUGUUACAUUAAGACUAGUAAUUUUAUUAGUGGAUACCAGAAUCCUGCUUUACCUAGCAUUUCAUUCAUCAAGGUUUGUGGACCAUUGGCUCCAAACUCAUCAACUCCAUUGGAGAAUGUCGCAGAGAGGAAGGAAUGGAGGAUACACGCAUGGGUAGUUGCUAUAAUUGUUUCGAGUACCGUUUUAGGUUUUCUUGUCUUUGAGGGUGGUUUAUGGCUGUGGUGUUGUAGAAGCGGAUCGGGAGUUGGAGGAUUAGCAGCUCAAUAUGCUCUUAUUGAGUAUGCUUCUGGUGCACCGGUUCAUUUCUCUUACAAGGAGCUCCAAAGGUCAACAAAUGGAUUCAGAGACAAACUUGGUGAUGGGAGAUUUGGCACGGUUUAUAGAGGAGUUCUUGCUAAUCAAAUUGUUGUUGCGGUUAAGCAACUCGAGGGAAUAGAUCAGGGUGAGAAACAGUUUAGGAUGGAAGUUUCUACUAUAAGUAGUACACAUCAUCUGAAUUUAGUAAGGCUGGUUGGUUUUUGCUCAGAAGGACGUUAUAGACUUUUAGUAUAUGAAUUCAUGAAAAACGGAUCUCUUGAUAACUUUCUUUUUGUCAAAGAAGAACGAUCGGGGAAAGUGAUGAAUUGGGAGCAUCGAUUCAACGUCGCCUUGAGUGCUGCUAAGGGCUUGACCUACCUUCACGAGGAGUGUCGAAACUGCAUUGUCCAUUGUGAUGUAAAACCUGAGAACAUUCUUUUAGAUGAGAAUUACAAUGCAAAAGUCUCAGACUUCGGCCUUGCAAAGCUUUUAGGUUCGACGGAUCACAAGCAUCUAAACUUAACAAGCGUGAGAGGAAUAAGAGGGUAUUUAGCACCCGAGUGGCUUGCAAGUCUUCCCGUAACUUCUAAAUCUGAUGUUUACAGUUACGGCAUGGUUUUGUUAGAAAUAGUGAGUGGUAAAAGGAACUUUGAAAUCUCAGAAGAAACAAGUGGAAAAAUGUUCUCCAUAUGGGCUUAUGAAGAGUUUGAGAAAGGUAACAUCAUGGAGAUAAUUGAUAAAAGACUUGGCAGCCAAGAAAUCAACUUGGAGGAAGUUAAAAGAAUGCUUCUUGCAUGUUUUUGGUGCAUGCAGGAGCAACCAUCUAAGAGGCCAACAAUGGGAAAAGUUUUGCAAAUGCUAGAAGGUGUGAUUGAUAUUUGUAAACCACCAGCACCAAAAUCAUUUACGGUAGGAUCUUCUUCUGACUCUGAGGGAAUCAAAAGCAAUGCCACUGCUUUCUCCACUUUUGCUUCCUCAUCAACUCCACCUUACUCUCCCUCUUCAGCUUUGUUGCCUUGAUAAGCGCCUUGAUUACAGAUGAAACACAGAGAAGAUUGCUCCAUCCACCCGUAUAGCAUUACUCCUCCCUCUCGAUGGUUUCAUUGACAAGAAUGUUGUGACCGCUGAGAGCCAGAACUUUGGUGUAUAUGUGCAAUUUUUCCUGUUUAAAAUUUAUACUGAAUCAGAGCACUUACCGUUGGCGAAAGUUCAAGGAUUGCAUACGAAAACGAAGCAAGGAAGAGCUCAAACAACAACCACCAGAAUAAGUAGCAUUCUCAGUUUUUCCUUGAGAACUUUGAUCAGUAGAUGGCUCUGAAGUCCUUUUCUCAUGCUUUCUUCUUUCAUGCACGAGAAGAAUUGCACAUUUACAGGUGAAAUAUAGAAGCAACAAUCCAAGAGAGAAAAUGAUCACAAAUUCAAUGACAAUGAUUGAUCCUAAAGCUGUUACACAAAUAGAAAGAGCUUUUGACUUGGAACAGAAGCAAACUGAGGUGGAAUGUUGAGAACAGAAAUGUACACAGAAGCUGUAGCAAGAUUUCCAUUUAUAUCAGAUAUUGUAUACCAAAAGGUAUCAUUUCCAUAAUAAUCUUCAUAGGGAGUGUAGCGAAAGAUCCUUCCGUUCUGUAUAAGUGAACCAUGAUCUGACUGACAAAGUACCACAAGAAGGGUCAGUUAACAUAUUCCAAAAGAAUAUGAAGAAAUGAAGAUGAAGGUAUUGGAUAAUAUAAUGGAAUUUAGUAACAACUUCAAACACCUCUGUUUGAAAAAGAUCUGGUACUGUAGGGAUAAAAAUUUGGGUCACAAAUAUAAACUAGUUAGUGUAAGGCAAGUUAUUAUAUCCUUCCUUUAAGUUUAACUUA